AAGCAGCAGCAGCCGCUGCAGCAGCAGCAGCUGCAGCAGAAGCAGCAGCUCCAGCAGAAGCAGCAGAAGCAGCAGCAGCAGAAGCAGCUGAUGCAGCUGCAGCAGAAGCAGCAGCUCCAGCAGGAGCAGCAGAAGCAGCUGCUGCUGCAGUGA